UGUUUGUGCUUUACGUUAGCAUGCUCUAGCAACAGCUGCACAUUCUGUGAUCCUUAGUUUUCUUGUCUUCUGUUUUUAAAAUGCCUUCAGUGAAAAGAUUAGUACUGACUUACGAUGAGUUAAACGAGUAUGGGACGUUUUCGGAGGGGGACACGAUAACAGGGAAGGUUACACUGGAACUAGAAAAAGAAACCAAGAUCGAAAGCCUCUUCGUAAAACUUAAAGGCGACGUUAGAGUUAAUUGGUCUGAAAGACAUGGAGAUAAAUCCAGAACCUACAGCGCGCACACGAGACUGUUUAAACAGAAGCAGCUUCUCAUCAGCCAAGAGUCCAAUGACACCAAACGUCCUGCAGGGAUUCAUAUGUUCAAAUUCAGCUUGAGUAUACCACAAGGAAAUAUGCCCUCAUCCUUUCGAGGUACUUAUGGAAAGGUUGUUUACAAACUUGAGGCCAAGCUGUCGAGAAGCUGGAGGAUGGACAGUACAGAUGAAAAGGAGCUUUGUUUUCGGUCAAAGGCAUUUCCUAAUAUUGAUCAAAUUAAUUUCCCACAGGUCGGCUCAACAAAUAAAGAAGUUGGUGUCUUCAGUAAAGGGACAGUGCAGAUGGACGUUACAGUUGACAAGAGAGGUUAUGUCCCAGGUGACUCUGUAUUGAUAACUGCAAGAGUCAACAAUUCCUCAUCCAAAGAUGCCACACCCAAAUUCAGCUUCAUUCAAGAUGUGUUGUACCGAGCAAGUGGAAAUACUAAGCAUGAAAAAAAUGUAAUUCACAAAGAAAUUCUAGAGUGUGUUAAACCCCAAACUUCUAAGGAACUCAGAUUUUCAUUGACGAUUCCUUCCAAAACACCACUGUCCAUUCAGAACUGUGACAUACUGUCCGUGGAGUACCGCAUUAAGACAUAUCUGGAUAUCAGUUUUUCCUUUGAUCCAGAGGUUGUGUUUCCAGUGGAUCUUUUCUGGAUCAGUCCUCAUUCUGCAGGUGGCGCGGUUGGAGGCCCGAGCGCCAGUGACUUCCCCGCUCCAGUAUCUUUUGCUAGUCCUUAUUCUCCAGCUGCAGGAGCAUCUCUGUAUCCAGCAACAUCUCAAUACCCACACAGUCCUGCAGUGUACUCCGGAGCUCCAAGGACAUAUCCUGGAAGUUACCACAACCCUGUUCCUCGGCAGCCAGAUGCAUACAGAUCUCCAUUUUCCUCAUCAUCGUCAGCCUCUGUUCUCCACCCUCCUCCUCCAUUAGCACCACCACCUCCCCCUGGGCCAGCACACUCCCAGUUCGCUAUAGUGCCACCAACUUACAAUACGCUGGAACCUCCUCCACCAAGUUACCCCUUAGCCCCACUUUCCUCUGGAGUAACUGUGCCUUCUGCCCCUGUGAUGACUGAAAACUUCCUCUCCCAAACAGAUGAGGAGCCUCCAUCGUAUGAAAUCCUCUUCCCCUCAUCCAAUGGUUCAAAUUCUCACCCAAAAUAGUUAAAGGUUCCCUUUGAUCAAAUUGUAAAGGUAUUAACUGCUCUAGCUAAUACAACAGUAAUAAUAGUUUGCAUUUUUACAUAUACCCUAACUAAUCAAAUGGAUUUAAUAGGCUGGGUCCGUGUUGCAUUUCAGUACUCUAAGAUGCUUAUGGUACUCUAGAACUCUAUCAUUUCUUGGCCUAUCAAUGUGAAAAAAACAGACACAAAGUGCUAAAUUUACCCUGACAAAAAUAUCUAUAUCUUCAGGAAGUGGUGCUAUUAUUUUACCCCAAAGAUGUGUUGGACAUACCUUCCAACUUCGCACAGAAUCAAACAGAAAAUUGUGGUUUGUGUGAAAGCCAAAAAGUAAAGUGCCCAACCAAAAUACAGAAUAUUUUGUUUUCAUUUUUGGAUGGGAA